CACACUUGAAUACAAAGCCCCCAGUAGAGAGAGAAGAUGAAGAAGAGACUCACACGGUUUUGAUACUUUUUUUUCGGGUGGUACCUUUCCGCCAAAGACGUUAGCGUGGUAGGUACUUCACACUGUACUACAUCUCCUGGCAGAUUCUUCGCACGGGAUUCCCCAAUCCUCGGUCAACGCUCCGCAGCAUAAGAGUUUUGAACGCGCGCGGGUGCCAAGAGUGGGUUUUCGGGCAGCUUUAGAGGUCAAUCCCACGGUAGGUGUGUGCGAUCUCUCUCUCCAUGUAUUUUAUUAGAGUGUAAGAAGCAUCACUCUUGCGCCUCUAUGUGUGGAACCUCAAUAAUGCUAAAGUCAAGUGAAUUGAACUGAAGUUAAGUCAAUAGAGUUUGUGCUGGAGAUUUUAAUCCGUGCCGUCGAAGGUGAUUCAACUCAAAUUUCUGCAUAACUCACAACCACCCUAUUGCUCCUCGUUGAUCCUCCAUUGAUAAGGUGCUAAAGCUUCUUGGGGAGAUUUGCAAGUUCCACCAUUUGUGGUUUGUGCGCGCGAUCUCUGUGCAUCUUGUUGCGGCCGAAAGAGUGACUAAUUGAUUGUGCUUGGCGGUGAAUUGAGGUAGGAGGUGAUCUUCUGUGUUGGCGAUGAUCAACACUGUGCAUCGGGUAUUCUAGGAGAGCCUCUAUAUCAUCACAACGUGGCUCUGCUGUGAGUGCACUGGGUGCAUUUGAGUGAGACAAUUGGUCAUCAUUUCGGUGUGACUCCUCGAGUGUCGUCGCUCUGCGUGGUGUGUGCUUCUCUGUGUCCGUUUAAUUGCGCGCGAUGAUGCCAGCAAAUCAGUGCAAAAAUUGUGGCGGUGCCAAAGACUACAACAACAAUCACUCGCCAUACACCAGUGCCUAUGGCAGUGUUAAUUCCACAAGCGGCAAGGGGGCUGCCAAUAUAAUUGUUCAACCCACAACGCAUGUCCGGGCCAAGAUCAUGUGGGGCACCGUGGGGGCUAUCAAGGAGCUCCGCGAGAAGGAGCAGGCAGAGAAGAAUAGGGCCACUAGGGCCGAGAGGCGACAGUAGUCGGUAUCCAGCUAUUCCAAAAUUUCACAACACUCCAAUGUGCCUUCCAUCGUUUCACCUAUUUAAUCAUCUAUCAUCACAUCGCUCUCUUGAGCCACU